UAAAACUGAAAAUAAAUCUAGUCGAAUAGUUUAUGGAAACCACUACGUGUUUCUAUUGUUUAGCUAUAGAUACAAUUAUUCAAUCUGUUCAAUACGAACGUUUAUCCAAGCAUAUAUCUCCUCAUUUACUUAUAUUACAUAAAUUAACUUCUCAACAAGAAUUAAUACCAUCAAUAAUACCAUGUUCUGUCAUAUUACACCAAUUAGAAAUACAAACAUUCAUACAACAAGAAUCUCCAUAUCAAAUGUUUCAUUUUCAAUAUCAAUCAUCAACAAAUUUCAUCAUUAGAUUCUAUUGAUUCAAUAAAUCAUCAAAUUUUACAAACUGAAAUUAAUUAUUUACAAAAACAAUAUGAUGAAGCGAGUGCUAUUGGUGAUUUUACUCAACAAUUAGCUGCUGAACACAUUAUUUCAAAUAAACUUCAAAUGAUUGAAUCUUUUCAAGAACAAGAAAAAUCGCAAAAAGAUAGUCAAAUAGAAAUUCAAAUUUCUUCCACAAUCGAUAAUCAACAAUCAGUUGAAUAUAAAAAAUCUAAAACUUCAAUAAAAUCAUCAACUAUCAAUGAAAAAUCUCUUGAUACAAAUCAAAUUAAUGAACAAAUACAUGAAAUUUUGAACAAUUAUGAUACAAUUUUACAAAAACAUAUACAAAAUGAUCAAGCAGAACUUUGUAAAAUACAAACUGAUAUUGAUCAAAUAGAAAUUCAAACAGAUAAAUUAUCGUCUACCCAUAUAGAACAAGAAUCAAAUAAAAUAAUGCAUCAACAAACGAUUGAUUCUAUUGAAGAUCUUCAUCGAGUAAGUAUACUUCUAAAACAAAAAGAUAAAAUUCCUCUCCUAAUUCAUAAUAAUUUAGAAACAUCUCUUGAAAAAUUUCAACAAGAAAAUAAUCGUGAAAAACAAAUUGAUAUACAACUUCAAAUCUUAGAUAAAAUAGAUCAAUUAGAUAACCAAUUCAUUAAUCAUAAAACAUUAGAAAAUCUUCGUAAACAUCUUCACGAAGAACAACAAAAACAACAACAAGCUUCAUUAAAUCUUUCAUCAGAUAGACAAAUACAUAGUGAUACUCAUAUUUAA